GAUUUUGCAUUUCAAGGGAGGAGAACUGUUUGUUUACUAACAGUUCUCCUCCCUGUCAGCUCAGACACACUGCUUUGGAUGGCUGUGCACAGUGAAGCACACAGUCACUGCCCCAUAGUAAAACACACCCAUCACACAGUUAACCCUUUGAUCGGCCCUCAUGUUAACUCCUUCCUGCCCAGUGCCAUUAGUACAGUGUCAGUGCUUUUUUUUUAGCACUGAUCACUGUAUUGGUGUCACUGGGGAUGUCAUUGACACCAAGUCCGUUCCCCCCAGUUUCAGAAUGCCUGACGCAGUCCUGCUAUAA